CAGAAGCUCAAAGACUCUCUGCAAAAAUGGCACAGCGCCAUCGCCCUGAAGAGUUGCCUGUCUCCAGGAGAGAAAGACAUGCUCCAGCUCCAAAGCCUCGAGCACAAUCUGUUAAUGUCUAUCACGGCUCUGAUAAACCCAAAGCUGAUAACAGUCUUCCUGCAGAGGCAGCCCGCUCUGAUUCCAAGUCACAAAGAUWUAAGAAGCUAUGUCUCUUCUGUAAGAGCACAGAGCACUAUCUAUCCCAGUGCUCUGCUAUUGUACAGCACUCACCAGAAGAAGUCAGGAGAUGGCUUGAACGUGGUAAGCGCUGUCAUAACUGUGGGAGGACCAGCCACCAACCUGAAGCCUGCACUUUAAAGAAACCCUGCAGUGAGUGUCAGGAGAUUCAUCUGAGAGUUCUACAUGAUGUGGCCAAGUCAGACUCACGUGUCUACCUCAUCACACCACGAGACCAAGCCACACUCAGCACCUCUAAGCAAGGAGGAAAAGUGUAUCUCAAGGUGGUGCCCAUCCUAAUAACUCAUGGCCGGAGGUCACUGAAGACCUAUGCCAUCCUGGAUGAUGGGGCUGAAAGGACAAUAAUCCUACCAGCAGCUGCCCAACGUCUGGGCCUUAAAGGUAAAGCAGAGACCCUCACUCUGCGCACCAUUCGCCAAGACGUGGCCCAUCUGGCUGGUGAGUCUGUUUCUUUCUAUGUAGCCCCACUAGAGCACUCUAAGGAGCRCCACUACAUUAAAGAUGCCUAUACAGCAGGCCAGCUAGCUUUAGCAGAACAGUCAUACCCUACAACUGCAUUACAGAGACGUUACCACCAUCUACGGGGUCUUCCAAUCCCAGACUUUAGUGAAGUGCAGCCAUUGCUAUUAAUUGGUGCUGACUGCACACACUUGAUCACAGCAAAAGAGCCAGUGAGAUUCGGUCCAAAGGGCAGCCCAACAGCAAUCCACACAAGCCUUGGUUGGGCACUUCAGGGUCCAGACAGUAUGGAUUCUGCUGCUGCUUCCUGUUAUUUUACGUCCUUCACACCAGCACCAGAUGACCUCUACCAACAUGUUUAACGUCUUUGGCAGC